GGGUGAUCUGUGGUCUGUGGUCAAUGGCCGCAUGUUUGCACUAUUUGUUUAUAUAUUUGGAUGUUACAAAAUAGGAUUUCUAUCAUUAACUCGAUACAACUAUACAUUACAAUAAAAAUGAUUCCCGUUAAUUUUAGCAAGUGGCUAAGUCAAUAGCGUAGAAUAGUCCAAUAUGAUUUGUAAUGGUGUUAGAUGAGAACGUAACCUGAAGUUUAGUGUUUAAAUAAUAACAUCAUGUCGAGUAAUAAUCAAGUAGCCGAAUUGGUCUCGGGCCUUAAGGCUCGACAUACCGAGACGCGUCAUAAAGCUAUCCGGGAACUCUUACAUUUUGCGAAAACUGACCUGCGUGAAUUAUCACAAGAUUGUAUGACACAAGUGUUGGAUGAUUUUAACCAGCAUAUUCACACCAUGACCUCUAGUUACGAUAAUAAUGAGAAGAAAGCAGGUAUCCUUACAAUAGGUAAGUAUCUUUGAGUGGUACUACAGUAUAAUUUUUACAAUUGCUAUUUAUUCUUAUAUGUCUACGAGCAACUUUGGUUGACAUUUCAAAAAUUGUUCGCUUGCUCUUUUUCCAGGUUAGUAAGUAUUCUAUGUGCUUAAACUGGUAAUAAACUACCUGUGUGCCAAAUUAUUUAAAAACAAAAAAACAGCUGUUUUUGUAUGAUUGAAUAAGAAAGGAAACAUGAAAGGGUCGUUCUUCUUUUCUAUUGACAGAGUUACAAUUUUUCAGAUUUAUCUAAAAAAUAAUGUAUGUUUCCUUUAAUAAAAUGAGUGAGAUAUAAUUAUCUGGCUAUUGUAUAUUUCAGAAACAUAUCUAUAGAGCAGAGCAUGGAAAUAAUAUUUCUAAGUUUAUUUUUAAAAGGUAAUGCCCACAUUGCAUGGGAAUUUGGCUUAUGAUGGACAGACAUUUUAACAAGUAAAAAUAUACAAUGCAAGAAGCUUAAACUACCCAGAACCUUUGAAUCAUUAUAAUUUUGUAUCAGAAUCCUUUAAAACUUUAUUUUAUUAUUUAUUAUCCUUUAAAACAAUUUUUAACACCGCAAUGAAAAAAGGUAAUAUAAGCACAAAAAAGUUAUUUUCGCAACAAUCUAUAAUAUUUCAAGUCAUUAUAUUACCAAUACGAUGUCUUAACACUGGGUAGAUACAUUCUUUGUUAUACAAAUAAUAAUAAUUGUAAAUAAAAAUCUUGUCUUUAAAUAUGCCAUGAAAGAAUAAUAUUACUUAAUAUGGAGUGUGAUGUCACAUGCAUAAUACCAAAUGUCUAAAAGAAAAAACCUAACCUAAUUUAGUGUGAAGUAUCACCAUUUGGGCCCUGGAAGUACAGUUUUGCUCACCUUAAAGUUAUUACGGAUAGCGUGCAUUCGGGAUCGAAAUAUUAGGAAUACAGUGUUAUAGGUCUAAAGUUAUUAGGGAUAGCGUGCAUUCGGGCUACAAAUAUUAGGAAUAAUGUUCAUUAGAGAUAUAGUGAUUCGGGGUUUCAAUUAUUGCUAUUAAGUAUAACAGUCAAAUGUAUGAAACUUCUAUUGAAUUUGACAUUUCUUGGUCCUGGAGCAUAGGUUUGGAAUGAAACCCUUGUCUGCAAAUGUCAUCAUAGAUGCUUAGUUAAAUUCGGCUAAUCAUAGCCAUUUUCGUUGACAUGACGUGAUGCUAACUUCAUCAACAGCCUAUCCUAGUCCACUGCUGGACAUAGGCCUCUCCAAUUGCAUGCCACUCAGAUCGAUCUUGGGCUACUCGCAUCCAGCUCCUGGCAGCCACCUUGCGCAAAUCGUCACUCCAUCGUGCCUGAGGACGUCCUACACUACGUUUGCCUAGACGCGGUCUCCACUCCAGAACUCGUCUACCCCAACGAUUAUCGGUUCUUCGGCAAAUAUGGUCAGCCACUUCAACUUGCUAAUCCGGUGGGCUAUGUCGAUGACUCUGGUUCUCUGUCGGAUUACCUCAUUUCUGAUGCGAUCCUUCAGAGAAACGCCGUGCAUAACCCUUUCCUAAGCGCGCUGAGCGACUUUGAACUUGUGGACCAGCCGUACGGUCAAUGUCCACGUUUCGGCUCCGUAUGUCAUUACAGGUAGGACGCACUGAUUGAAGACUUUCGUCUUUAGGCACUGUAGCUUCCCAAGUGUUGCCCAACCUAGCUGAAUUCUUCUAUUCACCUCGUCCUCAAAGUUGUUUCUACCUAACUGCAAUGUCUGCCCGAAGUAUACAUAUUUUUGAACAACUUCGAGAGCGGCACCGUGUAUUGCAAUCGGUUCCGGUAGUACAUGUUCAUUAAACAUGACCUUGGUUUUAUCCAAGUUCAUCCGUAGGCCGAUGCGUAUAGAAGACUCAGCCAGGUCAUUCAGCAUUUUUUGUAGGUCCUGCAGGGUUUCUGCCAUGAUAACGAUGUCGUCUGCAAAUCGCAAGUGAGAGAUGCGUUCGCCAUGGAUGUUGAUGCCAUGUCCUUUCCAGUUCAGCGUCUUGAACAUAUCCUCCAUUGCAUUAGUGAACAAUUUCGGGGAAAUAACGUCCCCUUGUCUCACUCCACGAUGCAACGGUAUGGGACAUGUUUGCUGAUUCUGUACUUGGACAGACAUGGUGGCGGCUUCGUAGAGACAUCUUAUCACUUGGAUGUAUCGCCAGUCGACUCGGCAACGCUGCAGUGACUCCAGGACAGACCAGAUUUCAAUCGAGUCAAAGGCCUUCUCAUAGUCCACAAAUGCUAGGCACAGGGGCUGAUUGUACUCCUCAGUCUUCUGUAUAAUCUGCCGUACUGUGUGGAUGUGGUCUAUGGUGCCGUAUCCGCUCCGAAACCCAGCCUGUUCCGGUGGUUGGAAGUCAUUAAGUCUUCGCGCAAGACGGUUCGCGAUUACUCUUGAGAACAGCUUAUAGACGUGACUUAGAAGGGAUAUGGAUCGAUAGUUCUUAAGUAGGGUCUUGUCCCCCCUUUUAAAGAACAAGACGACCACACUCCUACUCCACACCUCCGGAGUUCUCCCUUCGAAAAGGACAGUGUUAAAAAGCUUUUGGAGCUCUCUCAGUACGGGUUUACCUCCAGCUUUCAAGAGUUCUGUUGUAAAACCAUCCUCUCCAGGGGCUUUUCCAUUUCUAAGCUUCAUUAACCCUAAAGUCUCUUCCGAAAGCUUUGACUUCCUGCCCUUACGCUGUGUUGCACAUAAUCUCGUACCCUCUUCCCUGAGGAUCCGAACCACAUUUUCGAGGUUUUGGUUUACGUCUGAUGUGGUUUCCACGGCAGUAAAUCGGUUCUCCAAAUUUGACUGGAACGUUUCAGAUCCUGUUAUAGAUAAACAAGGGGUGUAAGGGGUUCUAAAUACACCUGCAAGAACCCAAGCCAACCUCACCUUCAUGUGGUGCACCCUGUCGACCAACAGACGAGGCUCUGGCAAACCGACCGAUGGCGGUAUCCAAUGCCGUAGGGGAGGGAAAUCUCACUGGUAACGGGCAGCAGCGUCAUCAGUGAAUUAACCUACGUUCUGCGAUCGCCAAUCCGCCUGCCCAGCGUAGCGAUUACGGGCAAUACCUCCAAUGAACACAGACCACAUGCCACGGCCCCCAGUUCCCGGCAGCCCCGCUAUUCCUGGUCACGGUGGCGACCACGGUAACGGCGGGGCGGAGGGUGCUAAGAAUCUCCGGGCUACGGGAGGCCAUCACAAUAGACUGACCCUGGCGACGUACAACGGACGCACGCUACGGCUUGACUCGCAUCUGGCGCAACUCGAGGUGGAACUUGGGAAGAUUAGGUGGCACAUAUUAGGGUUAAGUGAAGUCCGAAGAGAGGGGGAGGACACCAUAAUCCUCGAAUCGGGCCACCUAAUGUACUUCCGCGGGGGAGACCAACAGUCUCAAGGUGGCGUUGGGUUUUUGGUAAAUAAGUCCCUUGCCGAUAACGUUGUAGAAAUGUCCAGCGUGUCGAACAGGGUAGUGUACCUUAUUAUAAAGCUCACCGAGAGGUAUAGCCUCAAGGUGGUGCAAGUGUACGCACCGACCUCGACACACUCGGACGACGAAGUGGAGGAUAUGUACGAUGAUAUAUCAAGGGCCCUUCACUCCACAACUAAGACCCACUACAAUGUUGUUAUGGGGGACUUCAACGCUAAAGUGGGAGUACAGAAUUGCAGCGAUGCUAAAUUCAACUAAAUGCAGCUAUUUUCGAUCAGGUGAGAUUAGAUAACUAAGAAAGUGACCGUAUUAUUUUCAUUUCAUUUUAUUGUAUUAUUAAUGUAACUCCAUUAUAUUACAGUUUAGAAAUUGGUUAAAAAUAAAUAAAAUAAUAUAGUAAAAUUGUUGUUUGCCACGCACCUUGUCCACACUGAGCCUAUUUUGGGGAUUGCCCUUUGUAGUUAUGUCGGAAUGGUAACAAAAAAUUAACACCUCAGUCACAAAAAUGAUUUUAUUUAAUAGUAGUCAAGCAAAAUCAGAUCAUCAGUUUUUCAUUACUAUACUUCGACUAGAAUACAUACAUUUAUUUUUUACAUGAAUCUAUAUUACAGAAUCCUUAUUACAAAUAUUUAAAAAAUGUAAAUGGUAGCACUGUUCAAAGAAUUUUGGUGAAAAAAAAUAGAAACUGGAUAUUUUGAAAGAGUAAUGAUUUCAUUCUCAGAGGAGACAUGUAAGUGUCGAUAAAAAGGAAUAACAAGCAAUAAACUCAUUUAUGAUAGUAGAAUACCAGGAAAACAAAAAGAAUAAUUGUUGUAGUGACAACUUGAAAAUAUGUAUAUAAAAAUUCCCCUGCCAUCCAACUAUAUUGACAUGAACUGAAUGUAUAUUUUGACAUUUCAAACCCAUUUUUAUUGAAUGGGUGUUUGAAAAACGGGUUUUGAACUAUUUGAAAAUCUUAUCUGAGUUUUAGAUCAAUCUUACCUACGGUCCUACCGCCUAUUGGGUCUAAAAAUAAAGUAGCUGAAUGAGCAUAAAAGCUAGUCCAAAUGAAAUACCACCCAAUUUCAUAAAACUGUCCAGAACAACUAUCUAAAGUUUAGAUAGUUUCUCUGAACAAAGGUUCAGACUCUAAACCAUUAGCUUUGUUGUACAACAAAUCCACAAGUGAAUUUCAUACUCAUUGGAAAAAUGCUUACAAUAUAUUGUAUUUAAAGCUAGGCCCGACACAAAUUCAUGUAUGUAUUAUCAGACAAUCAGUAUGAACUUUCAUAUUCAGUAUAAUUUGAAUCACUUUUAUGAUCACAACGCCAACCAAUAUGGAUUUAUGAAAGAAGUCUACGCUCAGUAAUGUCAGUGUAUUUAAAUAUACGUCUGUACAGCAGGAGGCCAGGUUGAUGCUGUGUAUCUGUAAGCCUAUUCGCUAACUGCUUUUGACAGAUGGAAGUGAUAAUGAGUCAGCUAUUUAGUGAUCCACUACUGUUUUAUUAUAUCGCCACUAAUACUUGUAAAAAAGUUAGUGAAUAGGCUGGCAGGACUUUAGUACUGCCUUUGCCAAAGUUAACCUAUGUCUCGAACUUGCACACUUUGGGAUUCAUGGGUUUUUGUAGAGGUGGUGCGAAUUGUAUCUGAGCAAACGAUCGCAGCUUGUUACAGUCAAGAGGUUUUCCUCUUCUCCCGUAACUGACGCUUUAGGGGUACCCCAGGGGUCGUAUCUUGGACUACUGUUUAAUAUCUUUAUUAAUGACUUGACUAGUUGCUUACCGUGCCCCGUUCUUAUUAACGCCGAUGAUCUUAAAAUGACGAAGACACAAAACAGGCAUAGCCUUUCGAAAUUACCUCGAUGUUGUGUCGAAGGUACUGUGGUGUCUCUUUGUCAAAACAAACUUUCUGAUCUUUUUUUACUUUAAUUGUAUUACUUUUUAAACAAUAAAUUAAUAAUUGAGACUUGGUUUUUACCUAUGAUAUAUACGGAGCUAUUUUAAUAUAUUUUGUAAGCUGUCAUAAAUAAAAUAGUGGGAACCCAAAGUGCCCUAAGCGUAUUUAAACUGCCAGCGUGCGUAAGAGCGCGCUCUUGAUUAUCACGCGUAAGGGAUUUUUGGCCCCUACGGUUGGUCUCGUAGCUUACAAAAGUCCAGGCUGGUGCUACUUACCAAAUUACGAAACAUAAUAUAUUUGAAGUAUCAAUUAAAACUGUGUUGUUUUCUUUCAGUAUGUCUAAUUGGUGGAGAUACAGAAACAACUAAAUCAAGGACAAUUCGCUAUGCACAUUAUUUGAGGAAUAUAUUCCCUACAUCAGAUGUGAGUGUUUUAGAACUAGCGGCAAAGACUAUGGGCCGUUUGGCUGCAACUUUAGGCGUUAAACGUGGAGAAUAUGUGGAAUAUGAAAUAAAGAGAGCGUACCAAUGGCUAGAAGAUGAGAGAAAUGAAGGGAAACGGCUUUCAGCUGUCCUUAUUCUUAGAGAACUGGCGAUCGCCAUGCCAUCAUAUUUCUAUCAACAUAUAAAUAUUUUCUUUAAACAUAUUAUGGUUGGCCUUCGAGAUCCGAAGGAUGUCAUCAGAGAAUCCGCAGCAAAGUCCUUACGAGCGGCUCUCGUUGUCACUGCCCAGAGAGAAAUACAUGAAAACUGCAAUAAAAUCGAUUGGUACUCUGAAUGCUAUGAAGAAGCUGUAAGUUCAUUUACAGAUCAAACCAUACGUGAGAGAGGUCUAAGUAGAGAUGAUCAUGUUCAUGGAGCCUUAUUAAUUUUGAAUGAACUUUUAAGGUGUUCAAAUGCUACAUGGGAAAAAAAAUAUACUGUGCUAAUGCAGAAAUUAGAUGUAGAACAAGAAACAUCUGACGACAUGUCCUCAAUUAGUUCAAAAGUUCAAACCACAUGGCUACCACAGAACUAUUCAGAUGAAAAGAGUCAAAGUCUUAUUUAUGAAUCAGCAAUUUGUAAAAAGUUUAUUGCUGAUAAAUAUGAGAAAAUUUGUUCAGAUGUGAUGGCGCAACAAAUAUCCAGAUCUCAUAAUGUGCACCAAAUGCUUCUUUUACUAAUACCAAGGUUAGCUGCAUUCAACAGAGAGGCAUUUGUGAAGCGACACCUUAAAUCUACUAUUAACCAUUUAAUUACUUUCUUACGAGGUAGGGAAAAAGAAAAAGCAAUGGCAUUUACAACUUUAGGUUUAAUUUGUGUUGCUGUAGAGUCUGACAUCAAGCAAUAUUUAUCACGAAUUAUUGAAAUCAUACGAAUGACGUUACCUCUUAAAGAUACGCCCAGGAAACGUAAUGGAUCAGAUACACCGUUGUUUAAUUGUGUCACUCUAUUGGGAUAUGCUAUGAAGGAGAAUGUUGUAAAUGAUAUAAGAGAAUUACUAGAUCCAAUGUGUGCCACAGGAUUAAGUCCACAGCUCACGACUUGUUUUAAAGAGCUAAGUCAGCAUAUGCCAUCGUUGAAAAAAGAAAUUUCUGAUAGAUUAAUAAAUAUGCUGUCAAUAAUAUUAAGAAAAAAACCGUAUGUGCCUAAUAAUACGGAACAACAAAUCGUCCACAUGAUGUCAACUGUGAUGUUAGUGGAACCAUAUGAUGCUACAAAGUUAGUACUUGCUCUUCGGACACUCGGAUCAUUUGAUUUCGAAUGGACUAACACAUUAAUGUCUUUUAUAAGAAGAUGUACCGACUAUUACUUACUUAGUGAACAGCAGGAUAUACGUUUGGAGGCAAUGAAAACUGCUGCAAAGUUAUUGGUCAAAGCUAUUGAAAGAUGUGUUCAAACAAACUCUAGAACACUAAAUCUAAUCAUCGACGAAUCUAUUGGAAAGCUAUUAGCAGUAGGACGGUCAGAUUUCGAUCAAGAAGUCCGUUAUAAAGUCCUGGAGGUAUUUACCAAUCCUAUGUUUGAUAAAUAUUUAGCUGUUGAAGAACAUCUAAGUGGUCUUUUUGUGGCAAUCAAUGAUUCAAACAAUGACGUUAGUGAAUUAGCAUUAUGCGUUGUUGGUAGAUUGAGUAACAUAAAUCCCAGUUAUACAACACCUACUUUACGACAACUAUUUGUACAAAUUUUAAUGGAACUACAACAUUCGGAAUCGACACGCAGUAAAGAACAGGCUUUGAGGAUGGUAAAUAACAUUAUUUGUCAUGCACCUAGGAUUACACAGCAGUUUGUUGAUAUCAUUCUUAAAGUGCUUAUCCCAAAACUAAGAGAGGAAGAGAGUAAUGCUACUAUGGUGUCUACUAUUUUAAAGGCUAUAGGGGACUUGGCUGAGGUAAAUGGGGGCGGGCAUGCCCUAAAUCAAUGGCUCCAUGAAAUUCUGUCAUUCCAAAUAGAAACACUCUCGGAUCCAAAUCAACCUGAAAAGAAAAAUAUAGCUCUGUGGUCUUUUGGGCAAGUGAUUUGUGCGACAGGACAUGUUAUCAUGCCUUAUAUGGAAUAUCCAAACUUAAUGGAUUUAUUACUUAAUUUUUUGAGGACUGAACAACAGAGUAGGGACAGAAGAGAAACCAUCCGAGUUUUAGGUGUACUAGGAGCAUUGGAUCCAUACAAGCAUAAAGUUAACAAAGGUUUAAUAGACUUUCAAACAGUUUCCACAUUGAUACCUGUGACAGAGUCUACUAAAAAUGAUUAUUUGGAUACCAGUAUGAGUGAUAUGCUUAUUAAAAUGGCACCUUUGAUUCUUGACGAGUUUUACCCAGCCAUUGUAGUGACUUCCUUAAUGAGUAUCCUACGAGAUCCCAUGCUAGCACAACACCAUACAAGUGUUGUGCAUGCUGUGACAAUAAUAUUUCAGUCUUUAGGAAUAAAAUGCGUACCAUAUAUAUCUCGUGUUACACCUAGUCUCUUAUUUGUGAUACGCAAUACAGACAACAAUAGCUUCCGAGAGUUUUUAUUAACCCAGUUGGCGCAACUGAUUUCUGUAGUCAAAAUACACAUUCGUAAUUACCUAGAAGAUAUAUUUGACAUGAUUAGAGAGUAUUGGACACCAGACAGCCAAUUACAACCGACCCUCAUCAUGCUUGUUGAACAUAUAACUGUAGCUAUUGGUACAGAAUUUAAAAUAUACCUUAGAAAGAUCUUACCAAAUAUUUUAAGAGUUCUCAAACAUGAUAAAAGUAAAGACAAAAUAUUAACUGAGAAACUACUUCUGGCCAUACAAAAGUUUGAAAACAACUUAGACGACGUGCUACUUUCGGUAGUGCCAGCAAUUACUAAUCUUUUUGAUGGAAAGAAUAUACCAUUGUCUAUUUCGAAGCUGGCUAUGGAGACAAUGCAGCAUUUAUCUAUGUAUUUAUAUCUGAAACCAUAUUCUGCUAUGAUAAUACAAGCCCUAGCCAAAGUUUUAGAAAACAAUCCUACACUGAGGGCGACCGCUAUGAACACUCUGUGCGCUUUAAUUAUACAAUUGGGGCGCGAAUACAUUGAUUACAUACCUUCAGUAGAGAGGCUGCUACUAAAACACAAAAUUCAGUGUCCUAACUAUAUUGUUUUGGUGACGCGUCUUCAAGUAAUAUCGACACUUGCAUCUGACGACGACUAUCUAGAUGAAACUCGCUCACAAUUGCGCAACCAAAAAAGUGACAUGUUAACUAACGCUGGAGAGAUGCAGAGUAUUCAGAAACUAACAGUGAAUGUCAACAACCUCCGCAAGUGCUGGUCAACAAGCAAUAUAAUUUCCAAAGAAGAUUGGCUGGAGUGGUUACGUCAUUUAAGUAUAGGUUUUCUAACUGAAUCUAACAGUCCAGCGCUAAGGGCCUGUUCCUCUCUCGCUCAACAUUAUCCUCAGUUAGCACGGGAUUUAUUUAAUCUAGCAUUUAUGUCGUGUUGGACGGAGCUAGAUGACAGAGCUCGAAAAGAAUUAGUCAGUGCACUAGAGAGAGCAUUAACAGUCCCGGAUUCGCCAGAGUUGGCCCUCACUGUACUGAACUUGGCUGAAUUCAUGGAACAUUGUGAAAAGGGAGCACUGCCCAUUCCUAUUAAAUUACUCGGAGACACGGCAAUUAGUUGCAGAGCCUAUGCAAAAGCUCUUUACUACAAGGAGGAAGAGUAUCGUCGAAACGUUUCAACCCAAGUUGUGGAAGCUCUUAUACUCAUUAAUAACAAACUUCAACAAAAAGAAGCAGCUAAAGGUCUACUGGAGAAAGUAAUAACCCAGCAGAAAGAAGGUAAUUGCACUCUUAACGUCCAUGUUCGAUGGUAUGAGAAGCUUCAUAACUGGGAACAAGCACUAGAUUUGUACAACAAGAAAUUGGAAACAGAACCCCAAGAUGAAGAUUCUAAGCUUGGUCUCAUGAGAUGUCUCGACGCAAUGGGGGAGUGGCAAAAGUUACAUGACAUUUCCGUAGACCAAUGGAACAAUAUAAGUCAAGAAAUGAGGAAUAAAUCAGCUAGACUAGCAGCUGCCGCCUCGUGGGGUUUGCAAGAGUGGGACUCAUUGAGAAAACACGUUGAUCACAUAUCUGAGGAUACUCAAGACGGUGCGUUCUACCGCGCAGUACUCGCGAUUCAUGAUGGCCUCUGGUCGGAAUCAAGACACUACAUCGAUUCAGCACGCGGUAUACUAGAUACCGAAUUAAUGGCCGUCGUAGGCGAAAGUUAUCAAAGAGCCUACGGCGCCCUAGUGAAUGCACAGCUUUUAACGGAAUUGGAAGAAGUUGUAACAUAUAAAUUGGUCGAGGAAAGAAGACACACUAUAAGGAAAAGUUGGUGGCUCAGACUUCAAGGAGGUCAACGUGUUGUAGAAGAUUGGAGAAAAAUGUUGCAGAUACGCGGAUUAGUCCUGUCUCCUCGUGAAGAUUUUCAAUCGUGGCUGAAAUUCGUUUCUUUGUGUCGAAAAACGGGAGCGUUCAACGAAGCACAUAAGAUUGUGCUCACGAUAUUAGGCUGCGAUCCUGUUAAUAAUCCAGACAUACUGUUGCGUGUUCAAGAGCCAAGAGUUGUUCUGGCUUACAGUAAAAAUCUUUGGGACGCUGGGAAUAGACGCUUCGCUUAUGACGUUUUACAGAGAUUUGUAGAUAACACGGAACCUGAUAACGAGGAGCAGAGUAGACUAUUAGCUCGUUGCCAUUUAAAAUUGGGCUCUUGGUGUGAAUCUCUCCAAGAAAUAAACGAACUGUCUAUACCAGAGAUUCUUAGGAAUUAUGCUGCGGCCACUAAUUUAGCGCCUGAUUGGUACAAAGCAUGCCAUGCGUGGGCAUGUAUGAACUUUGAAACGGUAUUAUUUUACAAGCAACAAGAUAAUAUUUCAGAAAGCAGUACAGCCGGCAGUUCCGCUGAGAAGAAAGUGUCAAGGCCUGACUUUAUCAAUACGCAUACUAUACCAGCAAUAGAAGGCUUUUUCAAAUCUAUUAGCCUUUCUAACGGCAGCGCCUUGCAAGAUACACUGCGGUUAUUGACCUUGUGGUUCGAUUACGGCCAUAAUACUGCAAUAUACGACGCUUUGUUUGAAGGAAUAAGACAAAUAGAUAUCAAGAUAUGGCUUCAGGUGAUACCUCAGCUAAUAGCCAGGAUAGAUUCUCCGAGGACCUUAGUGGCAAAAUUGGUGCAUAUUUUGCUUAUAGAUAUAAGUAGGUUGCAUCCGCAGGCGUUAGUGUAUCCCCUAACGGUUGCCAUGAAGUCCUCGUUUGUGAAUCGCAAGAACGCAGCUAGCUAUAUACUGAAGACAAUGUGCGCUCACUCACAAAAUCUUGUCAACGAAGCCGCCAUUAUUUCUGAAGAACUGAUUAAAGUAGCCAUAUUGUGGCAUGAUCAAGUCAUCAUUGCGAUAGAUGAAGCCUCUAGAUUUUAUGCCACCGAGAAGGAUUUCCGCGGCAUGUUCAGGACUUUAGAUAAAAUGCACGCCAUGCUCGAUCGCCCUCCGGAAACGUUAAAAGAAAACUCUUUCCUGCAAAUGUAUGGUAGAGAUCUGAAAGAGGCGCAACGCUGGAGUGAAAUGUACAAGACAACAGGCGAGGACCGAUACCUGAACGAGGCGUGGGAGCUAUACUACCACGUGUUGCGUCGCAUAAUGUCACAAUUCAGGUCAUUGACUUCGUUAGAGCUGCGUUACGUCAGCCGUCGGCUCCACACCUGCCGCGACUUCGAGCUGGCCGUGCCCGGCUCGUACGUCCCCAACGAGAAGGUCAUCAGGAUCUCGCACAUACACAGCCAUCUGCAGGUGAUAAAGUCAAAACAACGUCCACGCCGUCUCACAAUCCACGGUUCGGACGGUAAACAGUACAUGUUCCUUCUGAAGGGACACGAAGACUUGCGCCAAGAUGAACGCGUGAUGCAGCUAUUUGGUCUCGUCAACACUUUACUACAAGCCGAUACAAACACUUACAGACAUGACUUAGCUAUACAAAGAUAUGCUGUCAUACCACUCUCACCCAACUCCGGCUUAAUAGGCUGGGUCCCACAAUGCGACACUCUAUACAAUCUCAUCAUUGACUACAGAGACAAGAAGACCAACAAAAUGGCCCUGAACACUGAACAACAGUUAAUGAAGCGCAUGGCCUCCGAUUACCCAAAUUUAAUGCUGAAACACAAGGUGGAAAUAUUUGAGUACACGCUAUCCCAAACGCCGGGGAACGAUUUAGCCCGCCUCCUUUGGCUUAAAAGUCCGUCAGCCGAAGCUUGGUUCGAGCGACGCACCAAUUAUACUCGCUCGCUGGCCGUCAUGAGCAUGGUCGGAUACAUACUGGGGCUAGGAGACCGGCAUCCCUCCAACAUAAUGCUGCAUCGAGUCACUGGCAAAGUACUGCAUAUAGACUUUGGGGACUGCUUCGAAGUCACCCAGACGAGGGAGAAACUCCCGGAGAAGAUACCGUUCAGACUGACUAGAUUGCUGAUCAACGCGAUGGAGGUGACAGGCAUCGAAGGCACGUACCGCUUCACCUGCGAAUCGGUGAUGCACGUGCUCCACAAGCAUCGGGACAGCGUGAUGGCAGUACUGGAAGCCUUCGUUCACGACCCCUUACUAAACUGGAGGCUGGUUGAAGUAGAGGCUCGUUCUUUAACCGCCUCAGCGUUCUCUUCAGACAUAGACUCGUCAUACUCUUUACCUAGUCGCAGCAGAAAUGUUCGCUGCGAGUCUCUAGAACCUCCACCACCUGAAUUGAACCUCAACAAGCGAGCUCUCGCCAUACUCAACAGGAUAAGAGACAAACUAACCGGCAGAGACUUCCCGCACGUCGAAGCGGUAGUCAGCGUGCCAAAACAGGUAGACCUGCUCAUAAAACAGGCAACGAGCAACGAGAAUCUCUGCCAGUGCUAUAUCGGAUGGUGUCCAUUCUGGUAAUUUUCAGUGGUAAUUCAAUGUGAGUAAAGAUCAAGGUAAUUAUAUUUUAUGUGACGUCGUUGAAUAAUAACAGCUUUCGCGUUUAUUGUCGAAAUUUAUGACCAAUUGGAGACAUCUUGUCCUGAAUUUGAUUCUAUGUUGAUUCGACAAUGGAAAAUCGGUUUUUUUGUAUAUUGUCACGGUUCUGAGUGAAUGUGGUGCUGUCGUUGUUUCUGGUUUCCAUACAGGGCCGUAGCUAGGGAGUGGAUUAUGGAGCAAUGCCAUACCUAAAAAUACUAUUGCCCUGCCUUAAAACGGGGCGGUGGGCUGCAAAGGGCGGCACGCCCCUGCUACCUGUAAUUUCCGCUACCCUAUCAUGAAUACAACUCUGGCUACGCCCCUGUUUUUAUAAAAUUGAAAUCAGUACAUUGUGUAUAUAUUAAUGUAUCUUAAAAAAUACACACAUAUACAUAUAUAUGUCUCACACAGACAGUAAUAGAAACAGGCUACCACAAAAUGUGAAAAUGAUUUUAAACUCGAUCCUUUAAGAAUGAAUAUUUAAUUUUGUGUCAUUAUAAAGAUCGAUCUCGGGCUAUAAUUGCAUAAGUGAUAAAGUUUUGAAGACGAAAAAGGGUACGCUUUUGAUCCUUUUUAUGGCUAUAAGUAAAACUAACUGGAUCAAGUAUUCAAAUAUAAUAAAUACUUCAUACUGUAAUUACAAAAAUAAUAACGAUACAAUAUUUAUUUAGGGCUCCGUUAAGCAUAAUUAUGUUUUAUACAAAAUCCAAAAUGUAUUCUCUGUACCAUCAAAAAUAAAAAAAUCUACUUAUCUAAAAAUAAUCAUUUAUUACUUACUAUUCUUAGUUUUGUUUUUACAAAAAUGGAUAAUAUUUCUAUAGACCUGAUUUUGGACUGCACCCUUUAUAAAUAUUUAUGUAUAAUUAAUGUUUUGUGUGUACAUAUUUUUUUUUACUUCGAAAAGGACCAAGUACGUAUUAAUUUUUGUUGCUUUUCUUAAGUGGGUUCCUAUCCUGAUUAAUCUAUUUAAUUUUAAAUUGAUGUACACCCUCCCUCACUAUUAUAUUAAUUAUUGUAGGUUGUAUUGUACCUUUUGCAAAAGUAUCCAUUUUGUAUACUUUUUUAAUUUAAUCUAGAGAUGUUCUAUCGUGUCACCACCGCAUCUUGUUUCUACCUCUUUUGUUAUGUUUAAGAUUGUUGCAUUUAUUUAUCGGAUUGUUAUGUCCUAUUAAACACUUUUGUUUGCAAAAAACUACAUAAUUUAUUGGAAGUAGAUGUUAAGGAUUUAAUACCAGCAACUUUUUUGAAAUGCAAUAAAUUCCAACCCUUGUUGAGUAUUUUCAAGGACAACUUUUUCAUUGUUAACUUACACAACAGGUUACACUGCCAAUUUAUAAGACUUCCAUUUUGACAUUGGUGUAAGGUUCAUUUUCUAAACAAUAUACAAACAUUUUAACAAACAAUGCAGUCAGGAAAUUUGUGAAUAAUAUCUAGGCUAAAUCUUAUUGUUUGCUUUAAGUGUAAUUAUUUUGUAAACAUUGUAAAUAACAAUUAACUGCGUUAUGACUUUAUACCUAUUGUUAAAUAUUGUAAUUACGUUUGUGUAAAUACACUAAUUAUGACUCGAUAAAAAUGUUUAAUUAUUAAAAAAAACAUUAUUAUCAAACACUUGUUAACUUGGGUGUCUAUUUUAUUUUCCUUAAUAGGAUUUAAAUAAAUAUUCAUGUAGGUCUUCCACUAAGCUAAGGUUGAAGUAAAUCAUAAUUACUAUGCAUUAGCGAUUUAAUUUAACAGAGGCAGUAAAUUAAUAAAUUUAUGUUACUCAUCGCAGGAAUACGAUGUUAGCUUAAACAUUAUUUUAAACGGUUAUUUAAAUAUCCUCCCGUUCUACACUUACAACGCACGCUGCGUCCUUAAAUUGUCCAUUGUAUAGUUCGCGAAAGAUAGCGGCAGAAGCUGUGAAAUGUUGGUGCACAGCACUUUGUCCAUGGUAGGUCUGCACAAGUACACAUCGGUCUCUCCGUUCGAGCUUCGGAACUCGUUCAGGGUCUGUCUGCAGACUCCGCACGGUGCAGUAAACUGAUUUUGGUGCGCGACCACAGCGACUGCUUUGAAUCUGACAUAUCCUUCAGACACUGCCCUCGAUAGCGCAGCCCGCUCCGCACAAAUAGUCGGUGAGAAUGCAGCACUCUCUAUGUUGCAACCGGCAAAAACUCUGGAGUCCUCCUCCGUGACAAUAGCGGCUCCCACUGCGAAAUUAGAAUACGGGCAGUAUGCCCUUUUCCUGACUUCGAAGGCGUCUUUAAUUAAACUUUGGAUUUCUGCGCCUGAAAUAGCAAAAUUUAAAGAUUUGUAUUUAAAGAUAAUUUUAUUUUUAUACAAUAAAUUCAUUAGGUAAGUAUGUCAAAUGUAGCUCGUAGCCAAAAUAGAAUCUAAUUAGGUACAUCAUAUUAAUAGCAUCUCUUAAAUACUUCAUAGUGAGUUAGUUUCUGUUCUGUUAAAUUAUUUUUUAAGUUUAAAA